ACCAUUAAUCCAUGUAACUAAAUUUUAUUGUUGACGAAUAACGAGUGAUAAGUGAUGACUCCGACGUUCAGUUUUAAAAAUUCAAUUUAAAUUGUUCUUUAAUAAUAGUUUUCACAUUAAUUUUGAGAUACAUUAAAUAAUUUCAAGCUGUAAACAUGCUGGCGAUAUUCAAUUUACAAAGUCUAUUGACAAUUUUAUUAUUGUCUAUUUGUACAUGUACUUAUUUAAGGCAGUUAUUACCAAGUAUUAUUGAUAGGAAUAAAGUUGGGCCAUUAGGAACAUUUUGGAAAUUAGCAAGAAUUGGAGAACGGAAAAGUCCAUAUGUAUCAUUUUGUUGUAUUGCAAUGGCUUUCAGUAUUUUAUUUUGGACGUAAUAAUAAUAUUUUUAAUUAAAAUAUAAACAAAUAAUAAGUUAAUUAUUCUAAGAUAUUUUGUAUAUUUUUUUCUGUUAAAAUGGUUUUUAAUUAAAACCUAUAUCUACAUUGUUCUUAAUAAAUUUGUUUUUAAUAAAAAUAUUAAAUACAUUUUUUAGUUGUUAUUAAUAAUGUAUUCAGUUAAAUUUUUACAAUAAUAAAAUAAUACGUUUCAAAUA